CUUCCUUCGCCAAGGUGUAUCAUUCCAAGGGUUACCUGAGUAUAUGUGAAUUACCGGAGUUUGAAACGAUUUUACAGCGAUAUCUGGACUUUUAAAUUAGCAAGGAUGCAUAAAAUAUUCGGAAAAAAGAAUAAAAGUAAAGAUAAUCUCGUCGAAUAUUCUCAAAAUUCAACGGGAAACGACGGACCCCGCCCAGCCGAAGGUAACAACACACCUGACACUAAUGGCACAACGCAACAACAGCAGCCAGCGGUACAGAAAAAUGACCCCCCGGCACAGCCUCCUCGCCCGAAGCUUGUAUUCCACUGUCAACAGGCUCAUGGGAGUCCCACGGGAAUAAUUUCUGGCUUUACCAACGUUAAAGAACUCUAUCAAAAAAUAGCUGACUGCUACGAUCUACCUGUUUCAGAAAUACUUUUCUGUACCCUGAACACUCACAAGGCAGACAUGUCCCGACUGUUAGGGGGACAGAUUGGUUUGGAGGACUUUAUAUUCGCCCAUAUCAAAGGUCGUCCGAAGGAAAUGGAUGUGACCAAAUCACAGGAUGCCUUAGGAUUGACUAUUACGGACAAUGGUGCUGGUUACGCAUUUAUCAAACGAAUUAAGGAGGACAGUAUUAUGGACAAACAAGAACUGAUUUCUGUCGGUGAUCAUAUAGAAAAAAUUGAUGGCAAAAGUUUAGUGGGGUGCAGGCAUUUCGAGGUGGCCAAAAUGCUGAAGGAUAUUCCAAAAGGAACUACUUUUACCAUACGAGUUGUUGAACCCAUGAAAUCAGGAUUUUCAUUCGUGGAGAAAUCCAGCGGGAAGAAGGGCAGUGGAAACUUGGGAUCAGGCAAGCAGACGUUACGACUACGGUCCUCAGGACCAGCCACAGUUGAAGUCCCUGAUGACGUGGUGAACGUAGCGGUGGAUAAGGUCAAUGGACUGUUGGAGUCCUUCAUGGGCAUCAAUGACACAGAACUAGCUCAAACAAUAUGGGAAUUGGGAAGCAAGAAAGACAACCCAAGUGAUUUUGCAAUGGCUAUGGACAACAGUGAGCUCAAAGACUUUGGUUUCACAGAUGAUUUUAUUUUCGACCUGUGGGGUGCAAUAUCCGAUGCUAAGAGUGGAAGGCUUACAAAGGACGUGCAGGAAUUUAACGAGCAGUUUUAAAAAUGAUUACAUACACUUUCUUUUUACAUGAACUUACACAAGUUGUGGUAAUGUGUUGUGAUAACUGUUUUGUCCACAUUCCCCCUCCAUCCCUUCAAUUGUUUUUAUGAUACAUGAACUUUCACAUGAAUACAUAUCACCAUGUUCACAUUUAAUACUUAUAGAAUUGAAAGCUGUGCUUUUAAGUUGGUUCACAUGUUUGUGAAAGUUGUGUACAUAUAUUUUUUAUCAAUUACCUUUUCGCACAUAUUUAGUCUUAACAUUCCUCAAUCAUAUUCUUUGUUGAAAGUUGAUUUUUUUAUUUAAGAUACUAUAAUUAAAAUGUUAUUUUUUUGCAAAUUUUUAUUGAUUGUUACAAGCUGAUUAAUUGUUUAUAAUCAUACAGUUAGUUAUAUGCUCGAAAUGUGAUCUCAAUGCUCCCAAAAGAAUAUUUUAAGAAAUAUUUGAUUCAUUCACCUCUGGUUGAGUCAGUAUCAUGUUUUGAUAUAAUUGGUAUUGGUCACGAGUGCCUAAUUUAUGAUAGUAUUCUUUUUUAUGAAAAGAAGGAAUCGAGUUUUAUAGUUUUCAAAAUGUAAUUACAAAAAAUGCAUGUUUUCAAAAUGUAAUUAC